UGAUUAUAAUUCAGAACUUUCUCUCGGUGUGUUUCUCCCUGCGGAGCCUUUUUCCGGAGCCUCAACUUUUCUGGCGUGUCAUCAUUUCUGGAGUUAACGCGGCAGAGUCAUCCGAGGCGAACAGAGCCAGCUCAUAUGUGGGGAGAGAGAAGAGCCAGGGGAGGAGGGCAGGAAGCGCAGAGCCGGGGGUAGCCUGCUGCUGCUGCCCGCUGCUGCUGCCUCUGCCGCGGCACACAGAAAUGGCGAGCCUCAGGAUGUUUGUGCUCUGAUCUGCUCAUCAACAUGAUGUUUUCUCCUCUCUCGCUGUCUCAGGAUGAGUUCCAUCCAUUCAUUGAGGCUCUGCUGCCCCAGGUCCGUGCCUUUGCCUACACAUGGUUCAACCUCCAGGCCAGAAAAAGGAAGUACUUCAAAAAACAUGAAAAAAGGAUGACUAAAGAAGAGGAGAGAGCAGUGAAAGACGAACUGCUCGGGGAGAAGGCAGAGGUCAAACAGAAGUGGGCCAGCCGUCUUUUGGCCAAGCUCAGAAAGGACAUUAGACCUGAAUGCAGAGAAGACUUUGUCCUGUCAAUCACUGGGAAGAAAGCUGCGUGCUGUGUCCUGUCCAAUCCGGACCAGAAAGGCAAAAUGAGACGCAUAGAUUGUCUCCGACAAGCUGACAAGGUGUGGAGGUUGGACCUGGUGAUGGUCAUCCUGUUUAAAGGAAUCCCGUUGGAAAGCACAGAUGGAGAGCGGCUGGUGAAGGGAGGCCAGUGCUCCAAUCCAAUCCUUUGCGUCCAGCCGAGACACAUCUCUGUCUCCGUCAAAGAGCUGGACCUCUACCUCGCUUACUACGUACAGGAGAGAGAGGCAGAGCAGAGCAGCAGUCCCAGUCGAACAGGAGUGGGUUCUGAUCAGGAGGACAGCCGAACCACCACCAUGGAGGGUCCAGAGUUCCAGGACAGUUUUGUGACAUCAGGAGUGUUCAGUGUCACUGAGCUCGUCCAGGUGUCAAGAACUCCAGUAGUCACAGGAGUUGGACCUAGUUUCUCUAUGGGGGAGCUCCAGGGUCAUCUGGCCUACGAUCUGAACCAGUCUGUCAACCAGCCAGUCAGCCUCAGACGAUCACUGGCCAGCACCUCGUCCAGCGGGAGUAAGCGCCAUAAGUCUGGCUCUAUGGAGGAAGAGGCUGACAGUCCUGGGGGGGAAUACUACCACUCCCCUUCUUCUCCUGCCAGCAGCUCCAGGAACUGGACCGAUGACAUGGAAGGAGGUCUAUCUCCACCAGUGAAGAAGGCAGAGCUGGACAGCCCCUCCCCCCAGGAAGACUCACCAAGAAUGGGUUCCUUCACUCAGCACCAUCGGCCAGUCAUAGCUGUUCACAGUGGUCUGUCACGGAGUCCCCACCCCUCCUCCUCUAUACAUUUCCCACCCUCCUCCUACUUCCCCCACGGAGCAAUCCGCUAUCCUCCUCACCUGACCCAGGACCCCCUCAAGGAUCUGGUGUCAUUGGCCUGCGACCCAGCCAAUCAAACUCCCAGCUCACUGAAUGGCAGCAACCAGGUUAAAGUGCCCAGUCACUACAUCACCUCUCAGAUGUUGGCACCGACUGGACCAGCACCCUCCCUGGCUCCUCCCCCAUCCUCCCUCCCCAGGCCGACCCUGCCUGCGGAGUCGAAGGCUACCACCACCUCCUCUGAUGGGGGAGCAAACUCCCCCACAUCACCCACAUACUCGGCCCCUGGGACACCCCCUGCCAAUCGCACCUCCUUCGUUGGAGUCACCCCCCGAGACCCAGGUGGACUCUACCAAGCCCAGUCUUGGUAUCUGGGCAACUGAUGGACCCGUGGAGGAGAGACGCUUGUCCUGGCAGUACGAUCCUGGAGGAGAGCAAACAAUGCUGUCAAGACAUCACAAGAGGGAAAAUAUAUUCAUCUUUGUAGAAGCAUACGCAUAUAUAAAUACAGUAUAUUUACAUAUGCGUAUGGACUCAGAAGAGAUAGCCUGGAUUGAAGAAGAAGCUGCUCUCACUCACAGCAAUGUGACACUCAAUGGUUCUCACCGAGUUCCAAGUGAAAGAAAUGGAGUGAUGCGGAUGAACUGGACCAGAACCAGGCCUCCAAACAGCAGAUCCUAAGAAGCCUGUUCCCAGGAUGAGGCCUGUUUCCCUGCAAUGGAUGUCAGCCUUUACCCCUGAACCCUGGCUCUCUCUACACUAAACCCAGUACAGGGCCUCCUCCCUGGGACAGAUAGACCUCAUCCCCCCCCCCCCCCC